AUGGACAAUGUUGAUGAAAAACUAACCAUUUUUAAUGAAAUAUUUUUAAAUACAUUGGAUAAACACGCCCCAGUAAAGACCAUAAAAGUACGCGGAAAUUCUUGCCCAUUUAUCACCCCGGAAAUAAAAGCAUCCAUGAUCAAAAGAGACCAGCUCCACAGUCUUUUCAGGAAAACACGUGAUCAUUAUGAUUGGCUUAAUUUCAGAGAGGCCCGCAAUUUUACAAAAACAGCACGUGUUAAUGCACAGAAAGAAUAUGUACUGAAGGAAGUUCAGCAACACAGAAACAAUACUGGGUCACUUUGGAAGGUAAUUAAAGAAAAUAUAGCGUAUAGGGAAAGAGAGUCAGUGGUCCACAGUAAGGAACCGAAAUUAGUGGCCGAAGAGUUUAAUCAUUUCUUUUCCACCAUCGGUGUGAAUGCAGCAAAGAAAGCCUCAACACUAAUACAAGAUCCUAGUGUUUAUCCAGCUCGGAAUCUUUCUGACGUAAAUCGCACAGAUAACAGCUACCCUGAAGAAAAUGAUAGAUUUAGUUUCACCCCAGUCUCUUGUUCAGAAAUAAGGAACAUCAUAUUAGCUAUGCCGUCAAACAAAUCACCCGGCAAAGACAAAGUGAGUAUGCGUGUCAUCAAACACAGCCUACCGGUAAUUCUUGGGCCCCUCACCGAUAUCAUUAACUGUUCACUAUCGUCAUCUUCGUUCCCUAUAGCAUGGAAAGAGGCAGAAGUUAUCCCUUUGUUAAAGGAUGGAAACCACGAGGAAGCAUCAAAUAACCGCCCACUUUCUCUCCUUACCUUUCUUUCGAAAAUUUGUGAAAAAAUCGCCUUGAAUCAAUUUGGUUCGUAUCUAAUGAAGAACAAAAAAUUGUCAACCCACCAGAGCGGGAACAAGAAACAUCACUCAUGCGAAACAUUGAAAUCUUUUGACCGGAGAUACUAUCCUAAAGGCCAUGGAUGGGAAAUUGGUUACUGCACUGAUUCUAAUAGAUCUAUCUAA